UCACAGUUGAAUAACUUGAAUAGUUGAAAAUGUUCGAGUAGAAUUAUUGAAAUUCGGUUUUGAAUAAUUAUUAUUAAUUUAUAUCCGUUUCCGACGAAACUCGGCCAGUGUCCGCCAUUAUGGCGACGUCGGACAACCAAAAUGAGACCCAGUCCAGACUCUAUUUCCUUAACGAACAGUUACAGAAAAUGGUCAAAGAGUUACCCAGGAAGUACCAGCAGCGCAUACCCAAUGAACUUCUAUGUGAACUCACCGAAUGUCUGUUGGACAAAACGCUGUAUUCGAUUGUGAAAGAACUGACUGAUAUUCAGCAUGUUACCGAGAAACAAAUGUUUCAAAAACGGUUAGAAAUGAUCAACAAACAUUCGGUUGGCAUUCAAAAACUAUUGAAGUCGGAUUUGGCUGAACCAGGCAAGACCGAGACAAGACUGAAACUUCAAGCAGAACACAGAAGGAACUUGCGAGAAUUCGAUAAGAAAAUAGUGUCAGAACUUGACGAAAAGCGACGAGAACAACAGAAUACAUUGCACAUGGCUGGUGUACCAGGAUUUGAUAUCACAGAUGAUGCUAGCCGUAUUCAAGUACAGAUACGUUUAUGUGAUUUCAUCAUAAGACUGAGUCAAAUUGAUAAAAAACCAGAAGAAGUUUAAAAAAAAAACAAUGUUGUACAGGAAAAAUUGUAAUUUAACUAAAAAGAAAAAAUAUUGACCAAGUUAUUAAAAUAAUUCCACCUAUGUAUAAU